AUGUCCGAACAACGCAUCCGUGUCGGGUCCGCCAACGAUGUGGCUCAGGGCAAAAUGAAAGAGUUUACGUUUUCCGGUGAAGGAGACGAUGCGGUCAAGGUUCUCGUCUCUAACGUCAAGGGCCAGCUUCACGCCACCUCUUCCAAGUGUACCCACUACGGUGCCCCCCUCGUCAACGGUGUACUGACCGGGGAUGGUCGCAUCAUUUGCCCCUGGCAUGGCGCCUGUUUUCACGCCAAGGACGGCGAGAUCGAGGAUGCACCUGCUCUCGACAGCCUGCUCAGCCUCAAGCUGGAAGUCGAAGACGGCGACCUUUUCGUGACUGCCGACCCGGAAAAACUCAAGGGCAAGCCUGGUAUUGCUCCCAGCUGCAAGGGCGGUGCUCAGAGUGUCGCUAAGGGCAAGGGCGUCGUGAUUGUCGGUGGUGGUGCCGGUGCCAUCAACUGCGUCGAAGAGCUGCGAAAGAGCGGCUACCAGGGAAGCAUCACCAUUGUCUCGAACGAGCAAGCCAUUAUCGACCGCACCAAGCUCAGCAAGGCGCUGAUCGCCGAUGCCGACAAGGUUACCUGGCGGAGCAAGUCGCACCUCAACAACGUUCUCGGUGUCGAGCUGCAUAACACCAGUGUAACCAAGGUGAAUGCGAACGCCAAGUCGGUGACGCUGGAGAACGGAUCGACGAUCGAGUACGAGAAGCUGGUUCUUGCUACCGGCGGUACACCCAAGCGCAUCCCCAUCCCCGGCUCUGACUUCAAGAAUGUGCUUGUUCUGCGACAGAUCAGCGACACCAAGGCGAUCAACCAAGCCGUCGGCAAUGAGAAGGGAGACGAGAGCAAAAAGAACAAGAACGUCGUUGUCAUCGGAUCAAGCUUCAUCGGCAUGGAGGCUGCCAUUGCCCUCAUCAAGCGCGCCAACGUGUCGGUGGUAGGCAUGGAAAAGGUGCCCUUCGAGCGAGUGCUCGGUCAGGAGGUGGGCCAGGGUCUGAUGCAGGCGCAGGUCAAGAACGGACUCAAGUUCUACAUGGAGGCUGGCGUCGAGAAGAUCGAGGGUGACAAGUCGACCGGACCCACUGCUGUGGUCAUCAAGAACAACCAAGGCAAACAAGAAUCGAUCGCGGCUGACGUUGUCAUCCUUGGAGUUGGUGUUUCUCCCGCUACCAACUUCCUCAAGGCAUCUGGAUUCAAGCUGGAAAAGGACGGAGGCAUUGCGGUGGACUCGAAGCUGCGCGUUCAGGGCUACCAGGACAUUUUCGCGAUCGGCGACAUUGCCGCUGCACCUACGCGUGCUUCGGAGCACGCCAGAAUCGAGCACUGGAACGUUGCCUCGAACCACGGUCGCGCUGUCGCCAAGACGCUUGCCGGUACCGAGACAGAGUACGACAAGGUGGCGAUUUUCUGGUCUGCGCUCGGCUCGCAGCUGCGAUACUGCGGUAGUGGUGGACCUCAAUUCGACAACGUCUACGUUGACGGCAAGCCGGAGGAGCUCAAGUUUGCUGCUUACUAUGCAAAGGGAGACGAGGUGGUAGCGGUAGCAACAAUGGGGGUCGAUCCGCUGAUGGUGCAGUGCAGCGAGCUGAUUCGCAUUCGUGCCAUGCCCAAGCUGUCUGAGAUCAAGAAUGGCAAGAACCCUCUUGAUGUGGAGCUUUCGACGCCUUCAGCCAAGAUCUAA